AUGUCAUCACUAGCAGUGCCAUUUUACCAGAGAAGGCACAAACACUUCGAUCAGUCCUAUCGCAACAUUCAGACAAGAUAUGUACUUGAGGAAUAUGCAGCAAGAAAGGCUGCUUCUAGACAGGCUGCUUAUUAUGAAUCAUCUGGCUUGGGAAAAACAACAUGUAGACUCUGUGCCAGGAGGGCACGCACCUUGGCUCAUGAAACAAUGCAAGAAUCCAGGAAAAGGACUCAUGAACAAAAGUCUCAUGCUAGCGAAGAGAAAAGGAUCCGGUUUGCCAGUGAGCUGUCGGCUUUGGAAAAAGAGAUUCACACAGCCAGACACCGUGCUAGGGAACAACUGGAUAGACUUGCUAUACAAAGGAUGGUAGAAGAAAAUAUGGCUAUGGAAAGACAUGCUGUUGAGGAAAGAAUAAGUCGAGCUCCUGAAAUCCUGGUGCGCCUGAGGUCUCACACUGUCUGGGAGAAGAUGUCUGUGAGUCUUUGCUUCACUGUACAAGGAUUUCCCACCCCUGUUGUACAAUGGUACAAAAAUGAGGAAUUGAUUACACCUGCAAGUGAUCCAGCAAAGUACAGAGUUGAAAGCAAAUAUGGAGUACAUGUGUUGCAUAUAAACAGAGCUGAUUUUGAUGAUUCUGCUACUUAUUCAGCAGUUGCAACAAAUGUCCAUGGGCAGGCAUCAACUAAUUGUGCUGUGAUUGUACGAAGGUUCAGAGAGGGUGAAGAGCCUCACCCAGCUGGGAUAAUGCCCUUCCACUUGCCCCUGUCAUAUGAUGUUUGCUUCACACACUUCGAUGUCCAGUUUUUGGAGAAAUUUGGAGUCACCUUUGCAACUGAAGGUGAAACACUGACCCUUAAGUGUUCUGUGUUGGUCACCCCAGAGCUGAAAAGACUACGGCCCCGUGCUGAGUGGUAUAGAGAUGAUGUGCUGAUAAAGGACUCCAAGUGGACAAAGCUGUAUUUUGGAGAAGGCCAGGCAGCUCUGUCCUUUACUCAUCUGAACAAGGAUGAUGAAGGUUUAUACACCCUGCGUAUGAUUACAAAAGGUGGAGUGAAUGAAUGCAGUGCAUACCUGUUUGUCAGAGAUGCUGAUGCACUGAUUGCAGGAGCACCAGGGGCACCGAUGGAUGUGAAGUGCCAUGAUGCUAACAGAGACUAUGUUAUUGUUACCUGGAAGCCACCAAAUACGACCUCUCAGAGCCCAGUCAUUGGAUAUUUUGUUGACAAAUGUGAAGUAGGCUUGGAAAACUGGGUCCAGUGCAAUGAUGCUCCUGUAAAAAUCUGCAAGUAUCCUGUGACUGGUCUUUAUGAGGGACGGUCCUACAUAUUCCGCGUGAGAGCAGUGAACAACGCUGGCAUUAGCAGGCCUUCUCGAGUCUCUGAACCGGUUGCAGCUCUUGACCCUGUUGACCUGGAAAGAACACAAACUAUUCAUGUGGAUGAAGGGAGAAAGAUUGUAAUCAGUAAAGAUGACCUUGAAGGCGAUAUUCAGAUUCCAGGCCCUCCCACCAAUGUACAUGCUUCAGAAAUCAGCAAAACAUAUGUUGUACUCAGCUGGGAUCCACCUGUUCCCCGUGGCAGGGAGCCAUUGACGUACUUCAUUGAGAAGUCCAUGGUUGGCAGUGGAAGCUGGCAAAGAGUCAAUGCACAGGUUGCUGUAAAAUCUCCUCGCUAUGCAGUGUUUGACCUUGCAGAAGGAAAAUCAUAUGUCUUUCGAGUUCUGUCAGCAAACAAGCAUGGCAUCAGUGAUCCAUCUGAAAUCACAGAACCUAUUCAACCACAAGAUACUGUUGUUGUUCCAUCUGCACCUGGUCGGGUAGUGGCCACAAGGAAUACAAAAACAUCAGUUGUAGUUCAGUGGGAUAAACCAAAACAUGAAGAAGAUUUGUAUGGCUACUAUAUUGACUAUUCUGUGGUGGGAUCAAAUCACUGGGAACCUAGUAACCAUAAACCUAUUAAAUAUAACAGGUUUGUUGUUCAUGGUUUAGAAACUGGUGAGCAGUACAUCUUCCGUGUGAAAGCUGUGAAUGCUGUAGGAUUCAGUGAAAACUCACAGGAGUCAGAGGCUAUAAAAGUACAGGCAGCCCUCACUUGCCCAUCAUAUCCUCAUGGUAUUACGCUUCUGAACUGUGAUGGUCAUUCAAUGACUCUUGGCUGGAAAGCACCGAAGUACAGUGGAGGUUCCCCAAUCCUUGGUUAUUAUAUGGAUAAACGGGAAGCUAACCAUCAAAACUGGCACGAAGUCAAUUCUUCCCUUAUUACCCGGACAAUUUAUACGGUAGAGGAUUUGACAGAAGAUGCCUUCUAUGAAUUCAAAAUUGCUGCUGCAAAUAUAGUUGGAAUAGGUCAACCUUCAGAUCCUAGUGAGCAUUUUAAGUGUACAGCUUGGACUAUGCCAGAACCUGGUCCUGCCUAUGAUCUCACAGUUUGUGAAGUUAGAAACACAUCACUGGUUCUUCUGUGGAAAGCUCCUGUGUAUGAAGGCAAAAGCCCCAUUACUGGGUAUUUAGUGGACUAUAAGGAAGUAGAUAAAGAGGACUGGAUCACUGCUAAUGAAAAACCUACUGCACAACGCUAUUUUAAGGUUACAGAUUUACAUGAGGGUCAUACCUAUGUGUUCAAAGUUCGUGCAGUGAAUGAUGCUGGGGUAGGCAAGUCGUCUGAGGUAUCUGAACCAGUGCUUGUUGAGGCAAGGCCAGGAACGAAAGAAAUCUUUUCAGGUGUGGAUGAUGAGGGUAAUAUUUACCUGGCUUUUGACUGCAAAGAAGCUACAGACGCAUCUCAUUUUGCGUGGGGUAAAUCAUAUGAAGAGAUUGAAGACUCUGAUAAAUUUAAGAUUGAAACAGAAGGAGAUCAUUCUAAGCUGUACUUCAAGAAUCCUGAUAAAUCAGACUUGGGAACUUAUUCUAUAUCAGUUAGUGAUACUGAUGGAAUUUCAUCCAGCUUUGUUAUGGAUGAUGAAGAGUUGGAACGUUUGAUGGCAAUAAGCAAUGAAAUAAAAAAUCCAACAAUACCUCUGAAAUCAGAAUUAGCUUAUGAGGUUCUUGAGAAAGGUGAAGUUCGUUUCUGGAUUCAAGCUGAGAGUUUAUCACCAGAUUCUACCUUCAGAUUUGUUAUUAAUGAUAAAGAAGUUGAAAACAGUGAUAGGCAUAAAAUAAAUUGUGACCGUCCAAAUGGUAUUAUAGAAAUGGUGAUGGACCGAUUUACAAUUGACAAUGAAGGUACCUACACAGUACAGAUUCAAGAUGGAAAGGCCAAGAACCAGUCUUCAUUGGUUCUCAUUGGAGAUGCAUUUAAGGCAGUAUUGGCUGAGUCUGAGCUCCAACGAAAGGAAUUUCUCAGGAAGCAAGGUCCUCACUUCUCAGAGUUUUUGUAUUGGGAAGUUACAGAAGAAUGUGAAGUUCUACUUGCUUGUAAGGUUGCGAACACAAAGAAGGAGACUGUUUUCAAGUGGUAUAAGGAUGGUUCUGGGAUUGAUGUCGAUGAGGUCCCUGAUCUGCAGAAGGGAGAAUGUCACCUCCGUAUUCCCAGGUUGUCUCGCAAAGAUGAAGGUGUUUAUAAGGCAACACUAUCAGAUGAUAGAGGUCAUGAUGUAUCUACUCUUGAAUUAUCAGGAAAAGUGUAUGAUGAUAUAAUUCUGGCAUUGAGCAGAAUCAGUGGUAAGACAGCUUCUCCACUGAAGAUACUCUGCACUGAAGAAGGAAUAAGGCUUCAGUGUUUCUUGAAGUACUACAAUGAAGAAAUGAAAGUCAGCUGGUCUCACAGGGAAUCUAAGAUUUCUUCUGGUGAAAAGAUGAAGAUUGGAGGUGGAGAGAAUUUUGCCUGGCUGCAGAUAACUGAACCCACUGAAAAGGAUAAAGGGAACUACACCUUUGAAAUCUUCGGUGACAAGGAAUCCUUCAAACGAACACUUGAUCUGUCCGGGCAAGCUUUUGAUGAUGCCUAUGCAGAAUUCCAGAGACUCAAGGCAGCUGCUUUUGCUGAGAAGAAUCGUGGUAAAGUCAUUGGUGGCUUGCCUGAUGUUGUUACUAUAAUGGACGGGAAGACUCUGAAUCUGACCUGUACUGUGUUUGGAAACCCUGACCCAGAAGUGGUUUGGUUCAAGAAUGACAAGGCCCUUGAACUUAACGAGCACUAUGUGGUUUCACUGGAACAAGGAAAAUAUGCCAGUUUAACAAUCAAGGGAGUGACCUCAGAAGACUCAGGCAAAUUUAGCAUUCAUGUCAAGAACAAAUAUGGUGGGGAAACAGUGGAUGUCACUGUAAGUGUGUACAGACAUGGUGAAAAAAUGCCUGAAGUUAAACCUGGCCAGCUUGCAAAACCUAGACCAAUACCACCAUCAGAAGUUAGUUCUUAG